AAUGCAGACAUCAGAGCGUGAGGGGAGUGGGCCGGAGGUGAGCCCCAGCAUGAUGCUUGAGGCUCCCCUAGAGUCUCCACCUGCCCCUACCAAGUCUCCGGCAUUUGAUCUUUUCAACCUGGUUCUGUCCUACAAGAGACUAGAGAUCUACCUGGAACCCCUGAAGGAUGCAGGUGAUGGAGUCCGAUACUUGCUCAGGUGGCAGAUGCCUGUGUGUUCCUUGCUGACCUGCCUGGGCCUCAACAUCAUGUUGCUCACUUUGAAUGAGGGUGCGUGGUACUCCAUGGGUGUCCUGCUGAUUUCUGUGCCCGCCUUGCUGGGCUAUCUUCAGGAGGUAUGCAAGGCUCGGCUGCCAGAGUCUGAGCUGAUGCGGAGGAAGUAUCACAGCGUGAGGCAGGAGGACCUGCAGAGAGUGCGCCUGUCUCGCCCUGAGGCGGUGGCCGAGGUGAAGAGCUUCCUGAUCCAGCUGGAGGCCUUCCUGAGCCGCCUGUGCUGCACCUGUGAAGCUGCGUACCGCGUGCUGCACUGGGAGAACCCGGUCGUGUCCUCACAGUUUUACGGGGCUCUUCUGGGCACAGUUUGCAUGCUGUACCUGCUACCACUGUGCUGGGUCCUUGCCCUUUUAAACAGCACACUCUUUCUGGGCAAUGUGGAUUUCUUCCGAGUGGUGUCUGAGUACAGGGCAUCUCUGCAGCGGCGGAUGAACCCUAAGCAGGAAGAGAGCACCUUGGAGAGCCUGCCACCAGAUGCUGUCGGGAGGGUUGCUCUGCCGGACAGCACGCCUGCACCCACUCCCACGGAGGAUCUCACGCCAGGCAGUGUGGAGGAGGCCGAGGAGGCUGAGCCAGAUGAGGAGUUUAAAGACGCGAUUGAGGUCCCAGGGCCCUGCCAAGAGGUGGGCAGGACUGGAAGGAGCUGUUCCCCACAGGAGGAUGAUGAGGGCGCCCCAUGUCCGGCAGAGGACGAGCUGGCCCUGCAGGACAACGGGUUCCUGAGCAAAAACGAGGUGCUGCGCAGCAAGGUGUCACGGCUCACAGAGCGGCUCCGCAAGCGUUACCCUGCUAACAACUUUGAGAUAAAGCAGCUGUCCAGAAAAGCACAUCUUCCCUGAUUAUCUUCUAAUUGGAAUGUCUCCUUUUUUAAAAGCAUUAAGCAGUAUUUAUGAUCUAUGAAAUGUGUGGAGUAUGAUAUAAUGAACACCCCAGAAUCCAGUACCUGGCUGAAAAAAUAAAACACUGGUAACAGAGUUGCCGCCUCCUCGUGCACCCUUCACCCAGUCGCUUGCCCCCUUUCCCCACUGGGGGUCCACCACCCACCACCAGUUGCUGCUGAGUCGAUUCCGACUCGUAGCGGCCCAGUGUGUGCCCGAAUAGAACUGUGCCCGCAGGCGAUCCUUGUGUUUACGAUGGUCAGUGACUUCUGUGGAGUGCCCUGUGUGUGCGGUGUGCCAUCACAUACACGGUCCCAUCUAACCCAGUGGUGGAACUGACGGGGAGCAGCUCCCAUGGACUUAGAAGCAGUCAGGUUCCAGAAGUCCCAGAUGACACCACACAAGAAUUCAUACUCUUGCUCUGGCAAAUGAUGUGUUUAUAUCUGGGAAUUUUAGGUAAAGGGGUGUAGAUGUUCUUGUUUUAGAGAUUAGUAACUUGAGGUGAGAAGAGUGACUUGCCCAAAGUGUUUAACCAGUGGAUGGUAGAGCCGUGACUUAGAACUGGGCCAUCUGAUUCGGCUGCCAUGUUCUUCUAACUCCUCAUUGUCAUCCUUCGUUUUCCUUUGUCCUGGUGUCUGAUAGUCCCCUGGUUUAAGAUGUGUCCUGUUUUUGAUUUGGUUUUGGGUAAGAUAGUCCCUGCCAGGAUGUGCAAAGGCCUCUUGGGUUCCCCUGAGGAUGGCAAGGGCAGGAAAUGCUGCUUUUCCUGGGCCCUUCACUUCUCAUCCUUUAGGACGGCUCGCCUUCCCUUCCCUAUGAUGUUCUUUGCUGUCAGAGGAGCUGUUUGCUCCUGGGUCUGGCUCUGGCAGGCCAGGGUGAGGUGAGCCACUUUGGAAGCCAUUCCAUUCUGUCUGUCAGUGCAUGGGGGGGGGGGGGCACAUAGGCGGGACAAGGACAGGCUGCUGCUUCUCUGGCUUCUGAGGGGAGGGCCCUGGUGGGAGGGUUUCCCCUCUGUCCUGGAAGCUCUGUGACCAUUGUCCGGGCAGGCCCUUGGGGUCCUGGGCUCCCCCCUGCCCCCUCUGCUCCUUGCCAUCAUCACAUGGGAGUUAGGGUGGGUGAGUCAGGACCUUUGUUGGGAAUGGGAACAGAGAAGUUGGCAGAUGUUGGAAGGGAGCAGAGUACUCUUCCACAUGUCUGUCUGGGGUCACUCUCAGGGAGGGCCCUGCCUGGCCCCGGGCCUGUGCAUGGUACAUGGCUCUUUCACUGGACUGUGUGGCUGCCCUUGGGGUACUUGGCCCUGCUAUUCCAUUUGGUUGUGAGGAUUCCCUGGAGACAUGCUAGAGUGACCAGUCAUUGAGCACCUCCUUGCCCAAGCCCUAGCCCCUCGCUGCCCAUUGGAGAGGCAGAGGCGGUUGCCGUUGCCCAGUUCUUAGUGUUGGGGACAGAGACUCGGAGCAACCUGUUUUCUGGUUUGGCACCACCAGCAGGCAUCUGCUAUGCUUGUCUCUCUUCUGUCCUCCGACGGGCCACUAGCUGAACAGUAGCUACGGGAUUUACCUUAAGCACCUUGGCCUCAGGUCUCCCCUUGUUCUCUAGCUAGGGCCCUCCCAGGCAGUGUCCUUGAGUAAGAGCUGCAGGAGGUUCUGGCUGUGGAGGAAGGGACCACGUAUAAAUGUCAGUAUAGCUUUGGGGCCUUUGUGUGGAGGUGAGGCCUGGCGGCCCACUGGUGCUUUGUACUUGGCCAGACAGUGAUCCAGGAAGCAGCAGUAGUACUCCCUGAGGCUGACAGUUGCUUUGGCUGGACCGCAGGAGGCCUUUGGACCCCAAGUUCCAGAACUCUCCAGUAGUCUUAUCCCUCUCAAGCCUUGGCAGGGCUUUUGGGGAGCAUGGACUCCCUUCCUUUUCUCCCCUGGCUCAUGGAUGUUGCCGCGCUAAAACAUAGUUAAUAUUCCUGGAGGUAGUGUUUGGAACUUCUUUGUUCUCCCUUACCUCUGGGUUUGCUUCUUGAGCUUGCUGAAGUCAUAGGGCCCAGUUUGGCCUUUUUUUCCCUCCUGGGGUCUUAGUUUGCCUCCACUCACCUUCAUGUGUCUGGUGAUGACACCUGUCAUCAGGCUUGUCUUUGCAGUCCACCUUUUCUUCAUGUGGGUCUGAAAGUGCGGUGGUGAACAGUUUCCGUUAGGCCUAGUUGCCUUGAUAUAGUCUUGAUUGGUCUCUUUCCUCAACCUUCAUGUCUUGUUACACCCCCUGCCUCCUUCCAACUGCUUUUUAAACUGCCAUUGACGCCUUUACCAGCCACCUUGUCAUCGCUGGUUGUUGAGGCAGGCCCUCUCCCUCCCACGCUUUCACCCCAUCCGCCCCACAGCUCUCAGUGCCUGGGUCUGCCCUGCACACACAUCCCUCCACACUGCCCUAGCUCAGAUGGGUCUUCUUGAAAGGUGCCUGGUUCUGAGGGUCUCUCCUGGAAUCUUUAGACCACAGAAAACAAGGGUCUAUGUUUUGAGGAGGCAUUUCUUUCCUUACCCUCUGGGCAGAGUGUUGGUAAGGAGGCACUGGAGGAGGUCACGACAGGCAGGUUUCAUUUAAGGCGCUUGGAGCCGACUUUUCUGUGGAUGCCUGGUCGUUCCAGGCAAGGUCAGCUGUCCGCCAGCUUAGCUUGCACUCUGGAGAGUAGAUUCUGUUGGCUGCUCUUGGAUCUCUGCUGAGCUUGCAGGGGGGACCUCUCAGCUCAGGGGUUUUGCGGGAAGGAGGAACUUUGUAUAUCUGGAGAUAGUGAUUCCCAUGGCUGUCAGUCUUGCCUUCUUAGUUUGAAUUCCUCGUUCUGGCUCUGAAUCUGGACUCUGCUCACUUGCUCACUGCUCCCAGCCAAGAAGUCUGGGCUGGGCUGGUGUCCCGAGUGCCACCCUUUAGAAGAGCUAGGCAGGCGAUGCAAGGUGUGAGCUGGGUCAAGGCUGAGCUGCUGUCUGUU